AGAGUAGCUUAAACACGCGCUCGCGUACAGCGAAGAAAUGGCGAUGGCGAUGCAGCCAUCUUAGUCCCCUUCCCUGAUCCCCUCUCCCUCUCCUUCUCCAUGGCCGCCCCUCCUCUGGUGUUUGUCGCCGCUGCCAUAGCCGCGCUCGCCAUCUUCGUCCUCGUCCUCGUCGUCUUCGCCUUCCGGCGAUGGUGGUGGUGGCGGCGGCAGCGCCGCCCGCUCCAGGCCGCGGCGGAGGCCUCGACCCCGGUCGCUGUCCAGGAGGAGGAUAUAGAUAGGCCUCUUCUUUCCGAAAAUCGGGACGAUCACUCUAGACAAAGUAAUUAUUUUCUUGGAAGUUCUGUAGGAGAACCUUCAAAGAUUCAAUCAAAUAGGAGUAACAUUUCGCCUAGAAGUCAUGCAAUUGCUGAUACAGGGAGGACUUAUCCAGAUGAAUGUUGUGCUACACAAGGAGAAACUCAUGUAAUCAAUAUUGAAAAUGAUACUUCUGAAGAGUUUCGAUUAGGAAGCACGUUAAGACGGACAUCACCAGCAAAAUUGACAACACCUGCUCAGAAGCACAGAAGGGUUUCUGGAGAUGACUAUCAUAAUGGAAGUGUUCCUCUGAAGGAUAGUACAUAUCAUAGUAGCCUAGAUUUAGAGGUCAUAGCUGGUCCAUCUCAUGGAAUAAGCUGUUCUCGGCAGUCAAGUAGGCCUUCUAUGCUCCCAAUAACUCUUGGAAGGGUUCCCCCAAGUGAUUUAGUGUUAAAGGACUCUGAAGUAUCUGGGAAACAUGCUCAGAUAAACUGGAAUGCAAAGACAUUAAAAUGGGAACUUGUGGACAUGGGCAGCUUGAAUGGAACUUUCUUGAACUCCCAGGCAGUUCAUCAUCCAGAUGCUGAGUCUAGGCAUUGGGGUGAACCUGCUGAACUUGCACAUGGUGAUAUUAUAACUCUAGGGACUUCAUCUAAACUAUCUGUUCAAAUUACACUGCAAAAUCAACGAGUUCCUGCUGGUGUUGGUAUGGCAUCCGAUCCAAUGGUGGCACGUAGAAGUGGAAAGAAACUUCCAAUGGAAGACAUAAGCUUUUGCCAGUGUCCUCUGCAGGGUGUUGAACAUUUUGGGCUCUUUGGAAUUUUUGAUGGACAUGGUGGGGAUGGAGCUGCCAAAGCUGUCAGCAAGAUUCUUCCAGAAAAUCUGGGAUACAUGUUAUCUCAUCCUGAAACAAAAGAACGAGUGCAGUCAUGUUCUGAUGCUUCUGAUGUUCUUAGAUAUGCUUUUACUUUGACAGAAGAUGCAAUCGAUCAUCAGUACGAGGGAUGUACAGGCACAGCACUUCUUAUUUGGUUUGAUCAAAAUAAAGAUUGUUUUGCCCAGUGUGCUAAUCUUGGUGAUUCUGCUUGCGUAAUGAGUGUCAAUGGAAAGACGAUCGAUAUGACUGAAGAUCACCGGGUAGCUAGCGCAACUGAAAGAGCUAGGAUAGCAAGAACUGGGCAGCCCCUGAAAGAUGGGGAAGUCCGUCUUAAUGGACUGAAUCUUGCGAGGAUGUUUGGAGACAAGUUUCUUAAGGAGCAAGACUCACGCUUCAGCUCAGAACCAUAUCUGAGCCAAGCUGUUCGUAUCACCAAAGCGUGCACAGCUUUUGCCGUUAUUGCUAGUGACGGGCUUUGGGAUGUCAUCAGCACGAAAAGGGCGGUACAGCUUGUUGUUGAGGGAACGGAGAGGUACUCUGGUGACAGCGCCUCAGCGGCUAAAGUAGCCAACCGCGUGUUGGACGAAGCUAGGAGCUUGCGAACCAAGGACAACACAUCCUUAAUAUUUGUAGAUUUUGACAUUCUGAGAACAGAUCCUUGUAUCGCCAAAUGACAUGUCAGAUUCAAGACACCUUUCCGUGAACCAUCUUCCUGGCUGCUUAUAUAGCUCCAAGUUUUGGUCCACCCAU